ACCCGCAAGGCGAACCUAACCACAGAAUCUGGGGCUCUAUUAGAAACUAUACAUCGCUCAUUUCCCUAUUCCUUGUCACGAGCCAGAGGCACCUCCCAUUCAAAACAAAUUGCAGGCUUCCUCCCAGAAACUCCCCCUCCAUUUAUCUCUCCUCUUCUCAGGACUCCUUUCAAGGACUCCGUUUCAAUUCAUGGCGGAGUUUGUGGAGAACUUCAAUUGCCUUAAGCCCUCUCUCCCCUUCAUGGAAAUGGAUCCAUGCUGUGAGCUGAUGGGCGAGUUUGCAGAGCUUAAUUGCACUGCCAUGGAGAACUCCAGCGUGGGACUGAUGGGCUUCCCCAGUGAGAACUAUUUGUCUCACCAGCCUGAGUUCUCGAUGCCAUUCGCUGAUAACUUGUCUUGCUUUUUGCCCCUGGAGUGCGCGAAACCGGUUACCGUUAGUCAGCCUGUGACUUCCAACGGGGAGCAGAGUCCUGGAGACGGGAAAAGGAAGGCGAAGGCAGCACCAGAGACCAGCUCUGCGAACUCCUCUGAACCUCCUACAGAGAGUUGUUUAAGAGAUGACAAGUCCAAGAGGAAGACUGGUUCAGGGAGUGUGAAGAGGAGGAGGAGCAAUUCAAAGGAAGUGGUGAAGCCAAAGGAGGUGGUUCAUGUCAGGGCAAGAAGAGGCCAAGCUACUGACAGCCACAGUCUAGCUGAAAGGGUAAGGAGGGAGAGGAUUAAUGAAAAAAUGAGAUGUUUGCAGGACCUUGUUCCUGGAUGCUAUAAGGCCAUGGGCAUGGCGGGGAUGCUCGACGAAAUAAUUAACUAUGUGCAAUCACUGCAGAACCAAGUUGAGUUUCUUUCAAUGAAGCUUUCGGCAGCAAGCUCGUUCUAUGACUGCAGCUUGGACUUGGAACCUAUGGCGACACCACAGGUGGGCGACGCGUGUGAGGCCCAAGAUGUGGAGAGGGCAAGGACGGAAGCGUAUGGGUGGUGCACCAGCUUCCACUCAACAAAUCCCUUUUGACUCGCACUUUUGGCUCUUGUCUCUGCCAUGUCUUCGACCGCAUACGUUUGCCCUUCCUCCUCCCAGCCCGAUCAAGAAGCCUGCCCCUCCUCAUCAUCCCAUGCAUGACACACCUGCACAUGAACCAUGUACUUCCCCACACACGUGCAAGGCAACGUAUAGCAUAUACCUUUGUCAUGUAUUUUUCUCGUCUGUUUAUUUUCUAUGAAGAAAGGGAAAAAAAUAAUCUUAUCGUAUGAUAUAUUUUAA